AUGAAAGGACUUGUGAGAAUCAGACUUGUCAGAAAGGGUAGAACCAGACAACCGGUGUACAACAUUACUGUUGGUAGAAAGAGAGCCAGUCUUCAGAGCGUUCCGGUUGAAGUGAUUGGCACGUACAACCCUGUGCCGACUCCAAUCUCCCCAUCGAUGAAGGCGCAAGGCAUCAUUCCUGUGAAGGAUGUGAAGCUAGACUUUGACAGAGCCAAGUACUGGAUAUCGGUAGGCGCUCAGCCAAGCGACACGGUGGCUAAUUUGUUCAAGAAAGCCGGCUUGCUCUAUGAACAAUGGCCUACGCCAGUUAAG